AUGCCUUUUAAAAUGAGUAGCAAGCUUAAAGCAGUUAAGACCUCAUGUACUAAAAUAAAGAACCCCUGCAAAUACUGCCUUCAACAAGUCACCAAUAGGAAUGGGUUACAGUGUCAAGGAGCUUGCAAAAAAUGGGCCCACUUCAAUUGUCUCAACUAUACACCGGGAAAAAUAUCCGACAUCAAAGCUGGCAUAAUUAAAGUGACAUGCCCGUGCCCUGAUUGCGAAACGACUCAACCCAAAGAGUACUUAGUGAAACCACCUUACACGUGUUCGAAUCAGAACUGUCCAGCAAACAGAGGGCCAAAGUGUGUCUCAGAAGAUUGCCCCUUGAAUCCCAAAAAGAAGCCAGAGAGCACAUGUGGUAACAAAACUUGUUCCAAGGAACCGGUCAGUUGUCCAGCUGUUGAGUGCCCACAAUCUGCAACUCAAGUGCAGAAACGGUCUCAUCCUAGAUUGCAACCUGCGCGCCCUCCUACACCCCCUCGUAGCGGUUCGAAAAAAUCGCCACAAUCUAACUCGCCAUGUCGCUCACCGAAAGUACCUAAGACAUGUUCUCCUCCGGCUCCUCCUACGCCGCCGAAACAAAAAGUCUGCCCCCCUGAAAAAGUGAAAAAACCUGUGUGCCCGGAAAAACCAAAAAAAAAAGAAAAACCACCGAAGAAGAAACCAGUUGUAUCCCCAUCUUGCUCAGUACUGUCAUCAACUUCAAAUUGCCCCAAAACAAAAUGUUCUUCGUCGGACUCCAACCUGAAUCGAAAAACUCAAGCUUCAAUGGUGCAAGCCGUGCAAGAGAUGUGCAACACUGUUGGAAAGCUUUCAAAUCAGUUAAAAGAACUUAUGUGCAAAGUGACGCAAAAUUGA